AUGCCUGACCUGCGUCGUCAGAUCUUUGAGAGCGGCAAGACAGUCUCUCGCAAGGCAGCCUCCCGUGAUGCCUCUCGCGCCGCCUCUCGCGCAGGAUCGGUUACCAACUCCCCCAAGUCUUCGCAAAACGCAAGCCGCAAUCCGUCUGAUGAGGAAGAUGCGGGCUUUCUGUCGGAUGAUACAGCCAUGAGCAUCGGAUCUUUUGACGAUGAGAAUCCCGAACAGGAUAAUGCAGACUGGGCCCAGGAGCUCAUCGACAUCAUCCAUGAGAUCCUUGACCGGAAGCGCAGUAGCGUGCAAGGCCGCGAACAAGCUUUGGCGGCGUUCGGUCGUCUGACUAAAUAUCAUUAUGCCGAGGAAGAGAUUCGCCCUUUUGUUUCCGACCUUCUUGUCGCAUUUGCUAAGAGUAUUCAAUCCGACUCUAGCACUCGUGAAGUCACCUUGGCUCUGCGUGCCAUUGAGCUGCUUGUUAUCACCUCGAGUGACAGCAAGGUCUUCGAGAAUGCGGAGCCGCUCUUGACACGAACCAUCCGGGAUAAUGCUUCAAAUGCAGUCAAAGCAGCUGCAAUCCAGAGCCUGGGCGCAUGCACCAUUUUCGGUGGUGCCGGCGAGGAGGGCAUUCUUGACCAAAUGACGUUCCUUUUGGAUAUUAUUGCCUCAGACGGCCAGUCUAUCGACGCUGCUGACGACCCUGUGAGCGUGACUGCCGCACUGCAAAUCUGGGGAUUCCUUGCCACUGAUAUUGAAGACCUUGAGGGCGAAAGUGAUGAGGCAGCUCAAGUCUUCCUGGAUCAACUAGACAGCAGUGACUCCGGAGUGCAGAUCGCUGCCGGUGAAAACAUUGCCCUGCUUUACGAGAAAAGCUACACCCCUCAGGAAGAGGAUGAGAGCGAUUCCGAGGACAAUGAAGAUCAUGUCAACGAGGAUCCAACUGGACCUAAGCUUAUUAAACGUUACGAAGUUUACCACAACACGUAUGAGAUGGAGCGUCAGCUGCAGUCUCUGGCCACUGUGCACGGUAAGCGCAUCAGCAAGAAGGACAAAAAGUCCCUCCACAGCAACUUUGCGUCUAUCCUGACAACUGUCGAGAACCCGCGUCGCGGACCUCGCUACAACAUGGCUAUCGACCAAGAUACCAACCGCCACUACGGCAGCACACUCACCGUCAAGAUCGGCCAGCAUGGUGUCAUGAGCAUUGAUCGUUGGUGGAAGUUGGUGCGUCUGAACUCUCUGCGCCGUACCCUGCAGGGUGGAUUUGUCGAGCACUAUUUCCAAGGCAAUCGUUCUGUCCUCGAUAAUCUGCCUGUGAUGGUGCGUAUGUCAGAGGCAUCAUCUUUCUCGGGUAAUCGCCCAAGCGCAAAGAAGGCGGCUAAGAUGCGCAACUCGCGUCGUUGGACUGCGCAAGACUCGGACUCGGACUAA